CACGACUAAAUUAAUAUCUUAAUGGUUUCUCCUGCACGACGCACGUCCUUCCAUUCGGUCCCUCCGGCGCAGAAAAACAAAGCAUGCCUCGGUCUUCCCCGAUCCCUUUUUCGUCUCUCCUGUGCUUCUGCUUCUUCUUCUUCUGCCAUAAGCAAACAACGAACAUGCCCAAUUUCAGACAGCCAGCCAACCCCGAUCCACAUCUUAAAUAGCACGGACUCGCCUAUCCACCCCCUUGGGCCCAGAACACUCAAUCCAGAAAAUUCCCAUCGUCCAUUCCCUAGAUUUCCAGCAUUGCAGGAAUCCUGGCUUGUUUUCUGCUUGCUGCACGUGACUGUGCAACACCCGCUACACCGAAGAAUUGAAUAGUUCCAUACGUAGUAGACAGACACCCCAGGCACUGAUUAUAAACAACUCAAAUUUUCCCC